AUGAGGUUAGCCCUGAAUAAGGCAGCCUCAGGAGAAGCAGGAAAAGAAAGCGCAGGGGAAAAAAGAGGAGAGAGAGCAGGGGUAGAGGAAGGGGGAAGAAAAAUUUAUGUUCUGUGUAAUAAAUUUCUAAAGUUGGUCCACAGCCCCAUAAGCUUUGCUGGCAGAGGCGGGAUUUAUGACCUAUACUGCAGCCCAUCAACAGAGGGUGCUGUUCUCGGAGUGGCUUCACCCCAUGAGGAGGCAGAUGGCGUCCAUUCUACACUCACCGGCCACUUUAUUAGGUACACCUGUCCAACUGCUCGUUAACACUUAAUUUCUAAUCAGCCAAUCACAUGGCGGCAACUUAGUGCAUUUAGGCAUGUAGACAUGGUCAAGACAAUCUCCUGCAGUUCAAACCGAGCAUCAGUAUGGGGAAGAAAGGUGAUUUGAGUGACUUUGAACGUGGCAUGGUUGUUGGUGCCAGAAGGGCUGGUCUGAGUAUUUCAGAAACUGCUGAUCUACUGGGAUUUUCACGCACAACCAUCUCUAGGGUUUACAGAGAAUGGUCCGAAAAAGAAAAAAUAUCCAGUGAGCGGCAGUUCUGUGGGCGGAAAUGCCUUGUUGAUGCCAGAGGUCAGAGGAGAAUGGCCAGACUGGUUCGAGCUGAUAGAAAGGCAACAGUGACUCAAAUAACCACCCGUUACAACCAAGGUAGGCAGAAGAGCAUCUCUGAACGCACAGUACGUCGAACUUUGAGGCAGAUGGGCUACAGCAGCAGAAGACCACACCGGGUGCCACUCCUUUCAGCUAAGAACAGGAAACUGAGGCUACAAUUUGCACAAGCUCAUCGAAAUUGGACAAUAGAAGAUUGGAAAAACGCUGCCUGGUCUGAUGAGUCUCGAUUUCUGCUGCGACAUUCGGAUGGUAGGGUCAGAAUUUGGCGUCAACAACAUGAAAGCAUGGAUCCAUCCUGCCUUGAAUCAACGGUUCAGGCUGGUGGUGGUGGUGUCAUGGUGUGGGGAAUAUUUUCUUGGCACUCUUUGGGCCCCUUGGUACCAAUUGAGCAUCGUUGCAACGCCACAGCCUACCUGAGUAUUGUUGCUGACCAUGUCCAUCCCUUUAUGACCACAAUGUACCCAACUUCUGAUGGCUACUUUCAGCAGGAUAAUGCGCCAUGUCAUAAAGCUGGAAUCAUCUCAGACUGGUUUCUUGAACAUGACAAUGAGUUCACUGUACUCAAAUGGCCUCCACAGUCACUAGAUCUCAAUCCAAUAGAGCAUCUUUGGGAUGUGGUUGAACGGGACAUUCGCAUCAUGGAUGUGCAGCCGACAAAUCUGCAGCAACUGUGUGAUGCCAUCAUGUCAAUAUGGACCAAGCUCUCUGAGGAAUGCUUCCAGCACCUUGUUGAAUCUAUGCCACGAAGAAUUGAGGCAGUUCUCAAGGCAAAAGGGGGUCCAACCCGUUACUAGCAUGGUGUACCUAAUAAAGUGGCCGGUGAGUGUAUAUACAUUCUAUGGGGACCACACACCAGAUACACAGACAGGGUUCUGAUAUACCUGAGUAAGAUAUACCUUUAGUACAAAGUAUCUGAAGUCUGAAGUCAGACUCCCAUACUGAGACAUUUUCUGUGCUCAGCCAUUUUUUCCCUCCAUGAAUUUACUUUUAGUCACAGGUCAGCUUCUCGACAUUGCUGCCAUGAUUUCAUGUUUCCUGCAGCAUCUCAAUAUAUUUAAUUGAAACUGUUAGUAUUAUAUCCCACUUGAGAUAGUUUUCUCAGAGAGCUUUGACAGAAAACUCACAGUAGUGUUAACUUAUAAGUUACUUGUAUGUACAAGAAAUGAUCUGGUGGAAACCAGUUCAUUAUCUUUUGAGCUUUAAAAUAAUCAUCUUGUGGGAAUAAGUGGCUAUAUUUUAGUGCACAAAACAUUAAUUUGUGUGAAUAAGUCACUGAAAGCCUCCCGUGGACAGGUGUUGGGUCUUACUAAAAGAUAUUGGGCAUGUAAUGGUUUAGAUUUGUAACAAAUGUCUUCAGAUUAAUAUUUGAUGAUUACCUUGAAUUAUGACAUCUAUACACUCAGAUAUAGGGCAACCACCCACUUUUAAUAAAAGGGAAAUAAAAAAAAAGUUUAACUCAGAGGUUUAAUAUUAAGUCAAUCUUAAAUCAAUUUUGAAUCAGUUUCAUAUCUCAAAUAAGGCAACAAUCUGCAUGCAUCUUUUUAAGUAAUCCUAAUUAAAGAGUUUUUGAAUAAAUCCUACAAUUCUUUAUAGUUAAACCUAUUUAAUUAGUUUAUUACGAUCAACAUUAUUUGUUUCGUGCUCUACAAGUUUAAUCAAGUUGGUCUAACCUGAUUUUAAGUGAAAAGUUUUGGUGAUGUUUAAUUGUCCUCACAAAUAAAGGACUAGUGCUCUGAGCUGAAUGCAACUCUUGACUCUUUUUACAAAUAAAUUUAAACAAACAACAACUAUAAGUGCAAAACAAUACAUUUUGUGACAACAAGUUGUGGGAAAAUCAUAAACACAUUAUUUGCCAGUGGUGAAGUCUGUGUGAUACCCACUGGAAAAGUACAUAAAUUUCUGUAUCUACCCACUAGAAAAUGUGCAAAGGUACACAACAACCGAAGUUCUGACCACAACUGCACAGCUAUUUGCGGUAACCUGUUACUUUUUAAUUUUAAUAAAGUCUUCAAUUAAGAUAAUUCUGAAGGACCUGACAUUCUUAACUUUUAAUUAUAGCAGACACAUUUAAUCCAGUUCCGUUCUUGAGAUCCUGGAUUAAAGCUAGACUUAGUUUCUUAAGUGUCAGGCUAGCAACGGAUAGAAGUCUGGCCUGUAGAAGUCAGAGAAAUAUUUUCAUCUAUUAUGCCACGCUGGAUGAGUCAUGGUUCCCCUGCUGUGCUGAAUAUGAGAAUGCUCUUUGUAAAGCAUUUGAGCUUACAUGUGUGGGAACUCAUAUGUCAUGCCAAUCAAUUAGUCAUUGUUUCAGGUAAUAAUAUAAUAUAUCAUGCCAAUCAUUUAGUCAUUGUUUCAGGUGAUUAACUGUUUCCUUAUUGUGGUUACAUUAUGUUGUGUGCCCAUUGCAGGCAUGUACUGAUGAGUCAGAUAAUAAAGUUUAAAGCUAACACGGGGGCAAUUAAUCACUGUGUCACAAUGUAUAGACGAGAGACUCUCAGUAAAGAAAGAUUUUAGCUUAUGCCUAGAAGUUCCAAGUGUUGGUAAGUAUGGUUUUAAACUUUUCUGCUAUGCUGCCUUAACAGUCAUUUAUUAGAAGUGUUCCUUAUAAUCAUCAUGUGUCUAUGACCUUGACACAUGCUCUAUAUAAUGAUGUGCCUUUCAUAACAGAUGUGCAGGUGUAACUCAGAGAUGUGAACAACAGGAUGAGGGAGGAAGAUCACUCUGUCCUGAGAAGAUGUGGAGGUGUACAGGGAGGGUUUGCAUGCCCAGCUGUCUGAUCAGUGAGAACUCAGUGAAAGCACGGAAUACAUGACGCAAAUAAGAUAAAAAAAGAGACAGGCACUGUGUGCAUCCAAGGUCAACUUCCCCGAAACCACGGUUUCAGUCAGAUAAAAAAACAGAAGAAUGCGUGCUUGUUUGUCCGUAGAGAAACACUGGGGACUGCUGGUUAUGUAAACUUUCCGCCCAUAAAGAUGAUGAGACGCCUCAAGUGUAUAAAUGUUAACUACUGAAAAAUAGUAUUCAGACCACCUCAGAGAUACCAUUGGGUUGAUGUUGUGCUCUCCAAGAAAUAAAAGGUUGGUUGAAGACACCUUUUUGCCUCAUUGAAUCCUCUGUUAGUUAGGACAACUUCAACACUUGGUCCAAACAGGACCUACACAGUGUGGAACAGAGUACUCAUAUUUGUCCUUCACAAAGACACAAAAGAAUGUUAUAGUGUUAAGUCAGCAUGAACUGCCAUGAUGAAAUCUUUAAGCUGCUGUUCGUAUUUUAAUUUACUAACUUUUGAAACUGGUCCCUCAUAAUGCUAAUAACAUUGGCUGCACUAUCGUUCACUAAAAAUUCACCCUCAAAGGUACAAAGAGUCUCCAUUUUUUGCAUUUGAAGGAUUAUUUUAUUUCAGAAAAAUGUCAAACUUAAACAGAGACAAAAGCAUCUGGCUCUUGUCGUUUAACAGUUUAGACAAGAACCUUCAUUCACUGCUCUGUAAAUGCUCAACAGUUUUUCUUCUUUUCUUCUUUGAUCAUUAGGCUCAUCGACUUGACAGAAAAACAAACUAUUGAUGCUGCUUGGUGA